AUGUCGUCGAACACUGCAGACAGCCUCAUUUCAGCCGUUGCGGAGCGACGCUCUGUCUACCGGCUCUCCAAUGAAUCAAGUAUUUCAAAGAAAAGACUCGAAGAACUCAUCCAAAAGGUCCUGCUAGCCACCCCAUCAGCCUUCAACACCCAGAGUACCCGCAUCAUUGUUCUGCUCGGGAAUGAGCACUGGAAACUGUGGGACAUUGUCCGCACCGCUGUGAAACCUUUCGUAUCAGGCGAACAAGCUCAAGCAACUGAAGCCAAAAUUGCGUCCUUCCAGGGGUCUUACGGUACGGUCCUCUUCUUCGAGGAUGCCACACCGUACGAGCCUCUUCAAGCGUUCAAGAUGUAUGCCGACAAAUUCGAAAGCUGGCGUGAGCAGACUAGUGGCAUGCACCAAUUACUCAUCUGGACAGCCUUGGAAACGGAGGGUUUGGGGGCGAAUGUGCAGCACUACAACCCCUUGAUUGACGAUAGGGUGAAGGAGGUCUGGCCAAACAAAAUCCCAUCUCACUGGAAACUCCUAUCUCAGAUGGUCAUUGGAAAGCCUGUAGGAGACAUGCCGGCAGCGAAGGAGAAGAAGCCUGUGGAGGAUAGAUACUCCAUCAUGGGAUGA